AUGCGUGUCUUCGUAACUGGCGCGUCAGGUUACAUGGGCAGUGCCAUCGUCCCACAACUCAUCAGUGCAGGCCACCAUGUAAUUGGCCUUGCUCGUUCAGACGCAUCCGCCAAGUCACUUGAGGCCGUGGCAGCAGAGGUCCAUCGAGGUGACCUCGAAGAUCUCAAAAGCCUCAAAGCUGGAGCAGCCAAAGCAGAUGGUGUGAUCCACCUUGCCUUCAUUCACGACUUUUCCAAAUAUGUUGAGGCUGCCGAGACGGAUCGGCUCGCUAUCGAGGCCAUCGGCAACGAGCUUGUGGACUCUGGGAAGCCGUUUGUGUUCACCUCCGGGACAAUGAUGCUCCCGCAGGGUAGUCUUGGCACCGAAGAAACUCUGCCGGAUGUGGUGCAUCCGAUGACAUCGCUCCGUGGAAAGAACGAAGCAGUUGGGUUGGCUUUCGCAUCACGCGGCGUCCGCGUAUCUGUCAUCCGCCUCCCACCAACAGUCCAUGGUGAGACUGACCAUGGGUUUGUAGCGAGGACGAUCAACAUCGCAGUCGAGAAGGGCGUUUCUGCGUACAUUGAAGGUCAACACCGAUGGAGCGCUGUGCAUCGGCUUGACGCUGCCGGCGUCUACAAGCUAGCUCUGGAGAAGGCUGAAGCCAGUUCCGUCUUCCACGCAGUCGCUGAAGAAGGGGUGCCCACUCAAGACAUCGCCAACGCAAUCGGCAAGCAGCUGAGCCUCCCUGUCGUUGCCAAACCCGUCGAGGAAGCACAGGCCCAUUUCGGAUUCGUUGCUCUUCUCUUCGGCGCUGAUAACCCAGUUUCGAGCAAACAAACACAGGAACAGCUGGGUUGGCAUCCAACCCAAGCUGGUUUGAUUGAGGAUCUUGAACAGGGACACUAUUUCAAGAAAUGAAGCGUAGAUUGGUGGGAUUAUGGGGACUGGGACAAAUUGGAAGG